AUGGUGUUUGGACCGGAUAUUUUCAGAAAACUCCCUCUCUCAAUCUCAAUCCAUCCACCAUCUUCUUCUCCCUCUCGUUCACUCCCAAAAACCUUAUCCCAUCUCUCGUCUCUCCGUCCCCGUCUCACCUUACUCUCAAACCCCCGCUAUAACCCCUCUCGCCGCUUCUCUGCUCGUGCUCAAAACGACAACGUAGCAGACUCUGACCGCCACUACGAUUUCGACCUCUUCACUAUCGGCGCAGGAAGCGGCGGCGUCCGCGCCUCCCGCUUCGCCACGAGCUUCGGAGCAUCGGCCGCCGUCUGCGAGCUCCCUUUCUCCACCAUCUCUUCCGACACUGCCGGAGGCGUCGGAGGAACGUGUGUACUUAGAGGAUGUGUGCCAAAGAAGUUACUUGUGUAUGCAUCCAAAUACACUCACGAGUUUGAAGACAGUCACGGCUUUGGUUGGAAGUAUGAUACUGACCCUUCUCAUGAUUGGAGUACUUUGAUUGCCAACAAGAACGCUGAGUUACAGCGCCUUACUGGUAUCUAUAAGAAUAUACUAAACAAUGCUAAUGUCAAGUUGAUCGAAGGUCGUGGAAAGGUUAUAGACCCACACACUGUUGAUGUAGACGGGAAAAUCUAUACUACGAGAAAUAUUCUGAUUGCAGUUGGGGGACGUCCCUUCAUUCCUGACAUUCCAGGAAGAGAGUUUGCUAUAGAUUCAGAUGCCGCACUUGAUUUGCCUUCCAAACCCAAGAAGAUUGCAAUCGUUGGUGGUGGAUACAUUGCUCUGGAGUUUGCAGGCAUCUUUAAUGGUCUUAACAGUGAAGUUCAUGUGUUUAUAAGGCAAAAGAAAGUGCUGAGGGGAUUUGAUGAAGACGUUAGGGAUUUUGUUGGAGAGCAGAUGUCAUUAAGAGGCAUUGAGUUCCAUACAGAGGAAUCUCCUGAAGCUAUCAUUAAAUCUGAAGAUGGCUCGUUUUCUCUGAAGACAAGCAAGGGAACUGUUGAUGGGUUUUCACAUGUUAUGUUUGCAACUGGUCGCAAGCCCAAUACAAAGAACUUAGGAUUGGAAAAUGUUGGUGUAAAAUUGGCGAAAAAUGGAGCAAUAGAGGUUGAUGAAUAUUCACGGACAUCUGUUCCUUCGAUAUGGGCUGUUGGGGAUGUAACUGACCGGAUUAAUCUGACUCCAGUCGCCUUGAUGGAGGGAGGUGCAUUGGCUAAAACUUUGUUUCAAAAUGAACCAACAAAGCCUGAUCAUAGGGCUGUUCCCUGCGCUGUCUUCUCUCAACCACCUAUUGGAACAGUUGGUCUAACUGAAGAGCAGGCCAUAGAACAAUAUGGGGACAUCGAUGUUUUCACAUCAAAUUUCAAGCCACUAAAGGCUACGCUUUCAGGACUUCCAGACAGGGUGUUUAUGAAACUAAUUGUCUGUGCAAACACCAAUAAAGUUCUCGGUGUUCACAUGUGUGGAGAUGAUUCACCAGAAAUAAUCCAGGGAUUUGGGGUUGCAGUAAAAGCUGGCCUGACUAAGGCUGACUUUGACGCAACAGUGGGUGUUCACCCCACAGCUGCGGAGGAGUUUGUCACUAUGAGGACUCCAACCAGGAAAAUCCGUAGAGACUCCUCUGAGGGAAAAGCAAGUCCUGAGUCUAAAACAGCGGCAGGGGUGUAG